AUGGCUUGUCCGAAAUCGUUUCGAUUAUUCUCAUUUUAUAUUCUUUAUAUCAUUGAAAUGAGUCGUCCUGUUCAGCAUUACAUGUUUGAGCAUACACUGUAUCCGGAACAAUCAUCAAUGUAUCGAGAUUGCUUUCGAAUGCCAAAAGCAUAUGGAAAUUAUAAAGAACGAUAUACAGUAGAUGCUGACAACUAUAUUCAUUAUUGUAUUCGGAAUGAAAAGAACCAAAAGAAUAAAUUGCUGAGACAAUGUGGUAAACAUGGUAAAAAACGUACAUUUAGUUCCUUAUAUGAGCAAAGUUAUGAAGAAGAUUGGUUAAUCGCAAAUGAUAUUCCAUCUGACUUAGUCGACGCUUAUGGUGAAUAUUUUAUUCUACGAAAAUCUAACUUAAACGACUCAAAAUUAAAUAGAAUGCAUAAAAAUUUUAUAUGUAUAUGUUCACCAAGUAAAUCUAUUGGUCGAUACUGCGAAUAUUUUUUACCAUAUGAAGACGACGUAGAAUUUAGUGGUUACCUGAGUUUAUUUGAUUGGUAUAUCAAUAAACGCACGGAACUUAUAUCAAUUUCACAUCCUGUAACUUGUUAUUCACUUCUCGGAUCAUUAUGUUUAGAUAAGUUUAAUCGUGAAAAGUGUCUUGAUUGGCGUGAUAUUUGUGACGGUCAAUGGGAUUGCUUUAAUGGUGAAGAUGAACGGCAAUGUUUUCAAUUAGAAAUGAAUUCAUGUCAGUCAGAAGUUGAAUUUCGAUGUCGAAAUGGUUUAUGUAUUCCUCGUGCAUUUCUUUUUGAUGGUGACUUUGAUUGUAUGGAUGGAAGUGAUGAACGACAUGAAUUCAAUGAUAAACGCUGUUAUGAAUUAGCACAAUUUGAUUGUGAUGAACGAAUUUGUCCUUACAAUACAUUUUCAUGUGGUGACGGUCAAUGUGUUGAUUGGGAGGACGGUAUCGUUUAUGGCAAUCUGGAAUAUUUCGUUGGCUCUGUAGAGGAAAUGCCUGGUUGUAGGAAUCAAAAGAAUUNCUUUGAUUGUAUGGAUGGAAGUGAUGAACGACAUGAAUUCAAUGAUAAACGCUGUUAUGAAUUAGCACAAUUUGAUUGUGAUGAACGAAUUUGUCCUUACAAUACAUUUUCAUGUGGUGACGGUCAAUGUGUUGAUUGGGAGGACGGUAUCGUUUAUGGCAAUCUGGAAUAUUUCGUUGGCUCUGUAGAGGAAAUGCCUGGUUGUAGGAAUCAAAAGAAUUUACGAAAAUCUAAAGUUACCUUUGAUCAAAAUUAUUCUAAUAAUUCUAUAACAGGUGGAAUAUGUGAACAAUAUCCUUCUGAUUUUCAUCGAUGUCCUAUUUCACGAGAAUGUAUAUCCAAUCAUCGACUUUUAGAUGGCUAUUUCGAUUGUCUGGAUGAAUCCGAUGAAAAUAGAGUGAACUUCAAUUCAUAUAUUGAUAAAAUGUUUCUACAGGAUCGUUAUAAAUGUGAAACAGUUCCAGGUAUGGUUAUGUUUCAUCUUCUUGGUGAUGGACAAACUCAAUGUUCCGACGGAUCUGAUGAGAUGAAUACAUGGAUCAAUUGGAAAAUGAUCGAAUGCCAACGAGCAACGGAUCACGGAUGUCAAAUACUCAAAAAAGCUUCUAUAUGGAGAAGUAAUAAGAAAGAGUUGAUGUUACCUUUUGAUAAUCUGUGUGAUUCUUUUUGGCAUAUGCCUUAUGGAUUUGAUGAAAUGUAUUGUUCCAAUGGUGGGUGGAUCUGUCCACACAAUUGGAUUAAAUAUAAUCGAUCGGACACAACUAUUUGGAAUGGUAAUUGUGCACCAAAAGAUGCCCGAUGUGAUGGUAAAUGGGAUCAUCCCGAUGGGCGAGACGAAUGGAAUUGUAAAUCAAAGAAUGGGAUAUUUCCAAAUUUUGUCCAACCACAAGUAUUCGAUUGGCCAUGUCAACACGUGAUAACUAAAGAAAAAAUUAAUAUUUCUCUUAAUCGAAAUCUUCUUGGCGACGGAACGAUUGAUUGUGUUGGUGGGCAAGAUGAAAGAUAUACAUUCGUGUGUCAAGAUGGUUUACAAAUUCAAGAUCGAUUUCGUUGCACAAAUGGGACCUGUAUCCCACAACAGUUUGUUUGUGAUGGAAUAGAUCAGUGUUCGGAUAGUGAAGAUGAAUUAAAUUUAUAUUGUGUAAAGAAUCACAAUCGAACCUUUUCCUGUAAAUCUCCAGAGUGGUUUAAUUGUGGCGAUACAUGUGUGAAGAAUGAUCAGCGAUGUAACGGUAAAAUAGAAUGUAAAAUCAAUGCUAAUGAUGAAAAAUCAUGUCAUAUGCGAAACACAAAUCAGAGAAAAUAUUCAAAAACAAGAAGCAGCAUCAGAAAAAAACGCCGUGUACUCGAUAUUCAGAGAAUAUGGAGAUGUCAUCAUGGUAUAUAUGUUAAUGAAGGAUCUGCGUCUGAUGCCAAUGAACGAUGUUUUUGUCCGCCGAGUGCGUUUGGCGACCAUUGUCAGUUUUAUGCACAUCAUAUUACUGUUGUAUUUACACUCGACAUGACAAUAGAUUUAUCUAAAUCUAAUAGUACAACAAUUCGAGUUGUUACUCUUCUUGAAUAUCACGGGAAAAUAAUCGAUUUCAUGAUUUUAUCUUAUAAUNUAUAUGUUAAUGAAGGAUCUGCGUCUGAUGCCAAUGAACGAUGUUUUUGUCCGCCGAGUGCGUUUGGCGACCAUUGUCAGUUUUAUGCACAUCAUAUUACUGUUGUAUUUACACUCGACAUGACAAUAGAUUUAUCUAAAUCUAAUAGUACAACAAUUCGAGUUGUUACUCUUCUUGAAUAUCACGGGAAAAUAAUCGAUUUCAUGAUUUUAUCUUAUAAUUCGAUUCAGUUACCAUUAAAAACAAAACAACGCUUUUAUCUCUUUUAUCCUUGGUCAUUGUUAAAAACCAUUCGAGAAGCAUCGUCGAAGGAUUAUACAGUAAGUUUUCAUCUCUACAGUGCUGCCUAUGAACAAAUUCGACUUCUUUCUGUCUGGAACUAUUCUAUUAAAUUUCCGUUCUUACCUGCUUUUCGUGUUACGGCUCAACUAAUAUAUCGCCAUUCUUCGACAUGUUCAAACCAGAUAAUCGAGUCCUGUGGAUCACAUAGCAUUGGUUGUCAUUUGAUUGAUAAAACAAUAGCCUAUUGUGAAUGCAAACCACCUUGGUACGGAUCAAGAUGUUCUGAACGACCUUCGAUCAAUCCAUGUGCUGAGCAUAGUCUCUAUUUUCCUGCAUAUCGAUCUGGCCUCAAUCAAACUGAAGAUUUCAUAUGUAUAUGUUCGGAUCAUCGAAAAGGUCGUACAUGUCAUAUUUCAGCUACACAGAAUAAAGUUUCACAUACCUUUAAUAAUGAUACGUGCUAUUAUCUUACAGAAGGUAACUACGAUUUGAAGUCAAGUAGGACACAUUGCAUAUGUGCAGCGAAUUUAUAUGGAUCUAAUUGUCAACUCAAAGCCGCAACAACAAGUCUUAAUAUAUCGAAUACUAUUGCGGAUAAAUCAUCGAUACUUAUAUUACAAUUAAAUGAUUGGAAUGAGGAUUCUACCAGAAUGACUAUUUCUACACAACAAUUUAUUACUAUUGAAAACAAUCCAUCGAAAAUAUUUUUUGCUGGUAGAAGCUUUCCUGAUACGGCUUUACUGAAAAUUUAUAGAAAUAAUCAUGUUAAUCACAAAAGAACAUAUGAUAUAUUCGUUAUUUGGCAACCCUACAUACCCCAACGUCAAAGUCAUCACAUAUCUAUGGAAAAUAGAUGUUAUCACGUUGAAGAAUUGAAGAAUUUAAUCCCAUUUAAUAACGAAAAUGAUCAAUCUUUAAAUCAAACUAUGUAUACUCUCAAAUUUUAUCAUCAACCUUGUCAACAUCUGAAUAUUUCAUGUUUCUAUGAUGAACUAGCAUAUUUUUGUANUAUAUGUUAA